AGCUUGAAUCUGGAUUGUCAUGAGGUCAAUCCGAGGAAAUCCGUCUGCAACACCCACCCACCCAACCAACACAUCCAUUGUACUCGCCAGCAUGCGGCAAACCACCCGUCUGCUUGCCAAAUACCUCGAGGCGGGCCAGCCGACCGGCCUGACCGGCCUGUGGACGCACGCGACGCCCCGAUCGACCCUCCUCUACCUCUACAGUUCGACGCUCGACCGUCUGUCCAAGAUCCCCGAGUCGUCGCUCUACCGCCAGUCCGUCGAGGCCACGACCAAGCACCGCAUGAGCAUCGUCGAGGCCGCGAUCCCCCCCGGCUACGACGAGUGGGCCAAGAGGGCCAAGGAGCUCGUCGGCCAGGACAAGGAGAAGUUCCGCGUCAACAGCGGCCGCAUCGACGGCAGCGAGGCCCGCACAGUCAAGCUCGGUGACCGUGUCUUUGUGGUCGGCCACAGGCACGAGGGCAAGGACACCCGCGAGGAGGAAUGGGACGGCGAGGAAAACGAGGGCCCAGCGCUCGAGGGCGCCCGGACGCCCGCCGAGAGGGCGGACCAGGCUUUCUUGGGCGACCGCAAGCCCCUGGCCGAGCACGAGAAGGUCCAGUGGGAGGACGAGCCGCAGUUGACGGCUGAACAGUGAGUUUUUGAAGAGCACAUGCCGUAACAAGGCGGAGUGAGGCGUGUUUCUGACUUUGGUAUUCAGGGUCCACGAGCUGGAGCACAAGAUUGGCGCUGGCCUUAUCGAAGAGGUCAUCCAGGUUGCCGAGGGCGAGCUCGAGCUGAUUGAUACCAUGGAGAAGAGCAAGGUCUGGGAGGACCUCGAAGACCCUG